AUGGAGACGGCGAGACAGAAAAUUAUGUUUUUAACGAACAGCGACUAUGGGCAGGCCAACGUUGUUCUCUCUAUAGCAUAUGUUAUUGUUCGCAGCUCGCCGCGCAUCGAGGUGCAUAUCGCAUCACAGAGCAAGCUCAAAGAGCCAAUGGCCCGCCUUGUCAAGCAGGUAGCGGCUGACAUAGGGUCAGCGGCCGCGGACGCUCUUGUUUUUCACCAGUUGAUAGGGCUGUCUCAUUUUGAUUCAAUAGACACACCUGGCAGCCCCGGUUUCGCGCCAUGGAUGACUGUCCCAAGUUUCAUCAACGUCACUCGUAACAUGCUGGAUUUUGCAAAUCUCCUUCUCCCUUGGAGUGUAGAGGGGUUUGUGGAGAUUUAUAGAGACAUUGAUCGGGUUUGGAAUGAGGUCAAGCCAGACGUGACGGUUUCCGAGGCGAUGUUUGCUCCUGCGCUUACUUUUUGCAAAAGCAACAAGAUGAAGUGGAUUGCUCUCGCCCCAAACACCAUCAAGGAAUUCGCACUACCCCUUCAGCCCAGGUUGGGGAUGCUCUGGAAGUUCCCAAUGACCAGCACCAGCUUCCCAUAUCCCGUCCCCCUUCACUUAAUACCGCUUAAUGUAUUCUACACCAUCGUCGCUGGUGUAAUUGUUUCCACUAGUAAAAGGCAAAGUCAGAUAUCUGAGCACCUCCAUCGCGCCAUAGACCCGAAAAUCGAAGUCUUUACUAUUACCCAUAUGGGCUUGAUGAAGGCACCACCAGAAGGCCUACGUGUAUUAGUCGCCAACAGCCCUGACAUCGACUUCCCCUUUGAGGUCAUCCCUAACUUUAUCACCCCUUGUGGUCCUAUCACACUUGCCUCUCCACCAAUCUCGGAUGGAAGUCAAGACCCUGAGUUAGCCGGCUGGCUGAGCCGUGGGCCGACAGUUUACAUGAACCUUGGUACACACCACUUAUUCGAUAUCUCUCUCGCAAGAGAAGCCGCGCUAGCCUUCCGGUACUUGCUUGACGAAGCUCAGGUAUCCCAGCAUCACAGAAAGCUUCAAAUUCUCUGGAAAAUGCCUCGAAAGUCAUCAGAAGGGGACCAUACUGACCCCUCAAGCACGGAGUUCCUCGGCCCCUGGCAAGAAAUCAAGGCGAUCCUGGGUUCUGAGAUUGACAGAGACCAAGUCCGUAUCGUGAACUGGAUCACUGCCGAACCCAAAUCUGUCCUCGAAUCAGGCCAUGUUGUCCUGGCUAUCAAUCACGGGGGCGCUAAUAGUUUCCAUGAGGCACUGUGUACUGGCAUUCCUCAAGUAAUUCUUCCGGGAUGGCUUGACUGCUACGAUUUUGCCCAGAGGUGUGAGAUUCUCGGAAUAGGAAAAUGGGCAAACAGAAAAGCUAAGCCUUACUGGGAGCGCAACGAACUCGGCGAAGGUCUUGUGGAUACCUUGCUGGGACCCGAAGCAGGAGCAAUGAAAGCUCGUGCCAAGGAACUGGGUGAUCGCCACCCUGAGGGUGCUGGCCGAGAAAAGGCCGCCAGGGAGAUUCUGGCGCUAUUGUAA